GAUCUCCAUCGAACUGGCUGCAGCUGGUUUUGUGGUCAGGAUACUCCAGAGGAAAGAGCAUCACUGAAGCGUGUUCUUUUAGCUUAUGCCAGACGCAACAAGGCUGUGGGUUACUGCCAAGGAUUCAAUGUUAUUGCAGCAUUAAUUCUUCAAGUUAUGGACAGAAAUGAGGAGGAUGCACUAAAGGUAAUGGUUUAUGUCAUUGACCAUGUGCUUCCUACAAACUACUUUGCAAAUAACCUGCGGGCACUUUCUGUUGACAUGGCUGUCUUGCGUGACUUAAUGAGAGAAAAGUUAGAGAGGCUAUCAAAACACCUGGAUAGCUUACAAGCACAGGCCCUGUCACAGAAUGGUUCCAGUGCCAUGUACGAGCCUCCCCUUAUCAAUGUUUUCACCAUGCAGUGGUUUCUGACACUAUUUGCAACUUGUUUGCCGGAGGAGACUGUUUUGCGUGUGUGGGACUCCAUCUUGUUGGAAGGCUCAGAGGUGCUUCUCAGAGUUGCUGUUGCUAUUUGGGGUAAACUUGGAGAGCGCCUUGAAGACGUGGAAACUUCUGAUGACUUUUACACCACCAUGGGGGAGGUGUACGCUUUGGCUCCGUUUCCCUUACCAGGGUUAGCAGAACUUCGAGAACAGUACACGUACAACAUCAACCCGUUUUCAGACGCUACCGACGACCGAGGCCAACGAUCAACGCUAGGACGGGGUUCUAGUGAUGAAGAAGACGACAUCGAUGACUUGGAAGGGAUCGGUUGCUUGGGAGCUCUGUUGCCGUUCUCGGAAUUUGCCCCUGGAAAUAGCACAAAAGCGCUCGUUGCAGAUGCCGAGGAUUUGAAUGACAUUGCAGCUGCUAGUCCGGGUGUGUUUGCUACUGACGGGUACUCUCCUCUACCGUAUACCACGAAGCAGUUUGGUUCACGAGGACGCCGUGUUCAUCAGGAGAUGACCUACUUGCAGAGGCAGUAUGCUAGGAUGAGGCAAAGGCAGCAAAAUGCUGUGGUGGUGUUUUCAGAGGCCACAGUACAGAACAUACAGGAAUCUGAGAAACGCAAGAGUAUUCCUGCUGCUAUUAACCAUCUGUUUGUAUCAGCUACUAAGAAAAAGAUUAAGACUGCCAGAAGUCAUUUCGGAGUCAAGAAGGAGAACGAGACGGCGAAUACUAGUGAACUGUUAUCAGUAGGAGAUGUGGUCAAUUCUAAGAGUGAGUCCAAAGUUGAAGUGAAGCCGAACGCGUACGAGAAGGAAAGCAUGCAGCAUUUGAAUGAGUUAUUCAAAGGUGACCAGAAGGAAAAGAAAGAAACAAAACAGCUUACAGAAGAGAAAGAGACUCCAGAAGCGAGUGCAAAAGACCUUCAAACUGAAAGGACAAAAGAGACAUCUGUGAGGAAAAUUCCAGAAGAAAAGAAAAAACAAAUUUCAGACGAGAAACCGGCUAAAAAUGUUAAGCGAACUACUCCAAGUACGCGUAAAAUUAAACAUGUUGGAUUAAACGGUGAAGUGUCGUCGUUAGAAACUGAAAAACCAGCGCAAACUCGAUCGCUUCUGUCUGGUUUGAAUGCCAGUAGUAAAUCCGCAAAAGUUACGGUAGUGGAAUCUUCGUCAUUAAAAGUAACUGCGGCGGACAGUGAUAAGCCCAAGCCCGUGAGGAUAGUAGACAAAAACAGCCCUGCUGUUCUGGACGCAGGCGCAGUAUCGUUCGGUGGCACGGGACGGGUAUACACCCGCUCGUAUCACGGGUCGGGUUGUAACUCCAAUAACAGCGCUUGGCUCUUGGAGGAAGACAAGAGGUGUAAGUAUCCCGAGAACUUCAGACCUUUUCCUCAAAGAAACAAGCAGCCAAGUAGAAGCAGGAUUCUGUACGGAAACGUGUCGGAGAAGGGCGCUAAGCGAAUGGACGCGUUUCAAGGGAGAAAGGAAACUCGGCAGGGAUUUAACAAUGGCUUAGCUGUUAAUGGUGCUUCGGAUAGCAAACGUAGUUAGUUGUCAAUCUGUUUUGUUUACAUUAAGGGGUUGACCAUCUGUUUGCAGAAUCGAGCGAGUGAGAUCGCCAGAUUUCUUGAUGCUAUCUUGUAGAGCGAAAAUGGAACCUUAGGGUUUACGGUUGAAGCACCGUUUAUUCUUAAUCCGGAAAUAUUUGGAAAGGUUUAGGAUAACCUUAUUUACAAAGGUAGCCUCCUUUGCCGACGUCGUUUAGGGUCGUAAUGCUGGAGGCUUCUUUCCCUCCACUCCCUUAUAAUAAGUGUGGUGAAACUUGCCUUAUUCGCAAAAAGUCAAAAACGAUGUUUGAAGGGGAAAAUUUUGGUAAAAGCGAAGCAUGGUUAGAAGGCAAAAACUUACAUUUUGUAUGAUAGUCUGACAGUCUCGGUCAUCGUGUGAGAAUGGAUCUACCUGUCUGACUCUCAUAAAUUCUCGGUCCAAGAAGCAACACGUUAAAAAAAUUUUAUGAUAACUAUGACUUAAUUAUGGACUACAAAUAUGAAUAAUAUAACAUAAUAUAAGAAAUAAUUGUAUUUUUUUUGAAAAGUUAACACAUUUUUGAAAGGGAGAUAACAUAAUGAAGUGUAUUCAAAAUUUUAGUACCAGGCAUAAAUGUGGUUACCUUUUACUCCUAGAAUUGAUCAGUAACUGUAUCCUCCAGUGACGACCAGCCGGGGAACGAGAAGUUAGAAGUUGAUCAGUUAAUGGUUUUGUUUUUGUUUGUGUCUAGCGCCAAAUUUUUCCGAGUCAUGAAUUCACUUUCAGAGCUUGAAAGUUUACAUUUAAUUAUCUAUCUCCUCAGAGAUGGAAUUGUCUGGCAUCAAAUAAUAUUUAUAGACCAUAAGUUACCUUAGCUAAGGGAAGAAUAAUUUCCAUCUUGCACUAAUGGGAGUUGUAGAACAUUAAACUUUAUUGUAUGAUGAGUAUAUUUUUGAAGGUGUAUAACAGUUCCGUUCCCUGGUUACUAAAAUAUUUAUGAAAUGUAAUUAAGUGAAGUCUCUAAUUUAAUAGACAUUUAAGAGUAGUAAAGUCCUCUUAAAGGAA